GAUGAAGUUCCACUCCACACGCCUCUACGGACUACGGCCAGCUAGCUGCUUCUGCGAAACGGUGCCGUAGUAAGCUGAUCGUUGCAGUCUAUCUUCAUUGCACACGUGGCGACAUGCCCGUACUUGGAAUCGGCCGUCGCAGUUCCAGUAACCCAAAAAUUCCUGCAGAGCUCUCCGCUCAACUGAUUCACGCCGGCGAAGCAAUACAUAGUUCUGGACUGGAAAGUCGGCGAAACCUGGAAGACGGAGGAUUCUGAAUUUUGGAGCUGAGAUGGAUUUGUAAGCUAAUGAGAAGAAAAACCCGAGGAGAAUAGGAAACAGAAGCAAGCAACUAUGCAGGGGCUGAGUCUCCAAAGAUCGCCAUUUAUUUCACCGGCGAGGCUUCAGUCCUUGACUCCGGUGGGUUCAUUGCCAUGUUGUGUCAGCUUCUCCACGUUGAAACCCAUCUCUACUUCAUCUAGAUUAAGAGAUAUCAUGAGGCUGAAUUCUGCGCUUCGAACGGUUAGAGCUCAGGCAUCCAACAUUAGCAUUGGAUCAGGGGGAUAUGAAGGUGGGGAGGAGCAAGAUAAGCAGAGAAAAUUGGUGAAUGGACCAAGUGACAGUUCAUCUGACAAAGCGAAACCUCCCACCAAAAUUCCCUAUCCCUUAUCUAUAGCUCUUGUGCUACUUGGAUGCGCCGUGGUAUAUUCCCUCAUCGUCUUUGUGAAGGGUGAACCUUCUGCUAUCUUGGCUGCAAUCUCCAAGUCGGGAUUAACUGCUGCAUUCUCGUUGAUAUUUGUGUCAGAAAUCGGGGACAAGACAUUCUUUAUUGCAGCACUCUUGGCUAUGCAAUAUGAGAAAGGACUGGUUCUCUUGGGCUCAAUGGGUGCUCUUUCACUCAUGACCAUCUUGUCAGUUGUCAUUGGACGUGUAUUUCGGUCAGUGCCGGCUCAAUUCCAAACUACCCUUCCGAUUGGAGAAUAUGCAGCAAUUGCUCUUCUCUUGUUCUUUGGGCUAAAAUCAAUAAAAGACGCAUGGGAUCUUCCAUCAGCUGAUGCGAAGAGUGGCGAAAAAAACAGCCCUGAACUGGAUGAAUAUGCUUCAGCUGAGGAGCUUGUGAAGGAAAAGCUAUCCAAGCCACUCACAAAUCCAUUUGAGAUUGUCUGGAAGUCAUUCAGCCUUGUAUUCUUUGCUGAAUGGGGAGACCGCUCAAUGCUUGCCACGAUUGCCCUCGGUGCUGCUCAGUCUCCAUGGGGUGUAGCAACCGGAGCCAUUGCUGGACACCUGAUCGCGACAUCAAUUGCUAUAGUUGGGGGCGCAUUGCUCGCCAACUACAUCUCUGAAAAGCUUGUUGGCUACGUGGGUGGAGCUCUCUUUCUCGUUUUCGCUGUGGCUACAUUUUUCGGCGUCUUCUAACAAAAAUCUCCUUGGGAAUUCACCAGUCAAGAGCCUACGGUAGUGGACUGUGGUUCAACUUGCAGACGGUAUACAGUACUGGCUGUGGCCUGUGGGAUGCUGGGCAGAGAGCAAGCAACAAGCAAUAAUGGUGCCCUUUGUCUGUAAUUUGACACUCUUCAGGAAUAGGAUGACCUUAGCUGGAUUAAACAAUUAGUUCAUCUUUGGAGGGAAGAAGGCGUAGCAUAUCAUUGUAUUGUACUAUUGUUGUAGUAGAAGAGUCGCGAGGAGUUAGGGCCACUGAGAGUUUUGUUGUAACAGUAGAUCUCUUUAGGAACCUCAGUUAGACUCUGUUCUUGUUGGUUGGGUAUUUGAGGCAAGUCACAGUAAAUAAUCAGUGUGAAAUAAUUGGUUACAAAACUUGACCAGCUCCUCCUUUCGGUCGCUCUUGAACUCUGUUUCUACGUGUAGUAAGUGGUAUCAUUGAGUGGGUAUUACAUCAUUCAAAUAUACACUGCUGAGACCUGAACCGUCCAUUCGACAGCAUUUCAACAAUACGCUUCUCAAGCCUCGCUGCUCCUUUUCCAGGUCUCAGAACAUUAGCAUCCCCCCAAACGGAACAUGUACCGUUCGCAGGGUCUCCUAAGCACCAGCCGCCAGGCACAAUUUCCCCCGGGCUUCUCCCCAGGACGUCACUGUCUAUUCGGUCAAGCACUGGAUCGUCAGGCUGGAACUCGGUGGCGAAUGCAGCUCCACUACGGAUCAUGGCAUUGAAGUCGGUGGAGUUCAGGGCACGAGGCUCCUGCCUGAAGGACUGAUCCAGGAUUUUGUACUGCAAGUCCUGGUUUAUAACCGUCCUGUUGAAUUGAGGCGAGUUGCAUAGCACUGUAGGGAAGUAGCUGGUUAUGGAGGACAUUGUGUUUGAGAAGUACAUCAGCAAGAUCCUUGGGAGGUUGUCUGUACCAAGGAUGCAGUGCUCGACGAAGUUACGACUGAGAAAUGAGAAGGAAGAGCCUGCAAAUAAAAGGAAAGAUAAAUAAUCGGGUUUUCAAUCAUCUCUGUCCAGAAUUACAGGUGGACAGCAGCACAACAUUGAGAAAUUCAAGUCAUGCAGAACAGUGUUCAACUAUGUAAACCAAACGGUGAUUAAGUAUAAUCAUGUAGUAAACCUCUCAUCAACCAAAAGGAACAUGGGAACUGUCAUUUACAGAAAGAAAGGUUUAGUUCACUAGUAAGAGUUUCCAACUAGGCCGCCUUUCACCCAUGGAAGAAGAUAACGCACUAUUUAGGAACAUUUCAAAGGGCAACUCCAUUAUGGAAUGCAAACAGCCUUCUCUCUACAAUCACAGCAUCCUAUCAUGCAUAUGCAAAUCUUGAAUCCAGUGGCAUAAUUGGCAACAACAUCUCUUUGACCCACAUUUUCACUUACAAAUUCAGACGCCAUCAUCUACAUUCCUAUCUCUCUUUCCACUACAUAAAAUUGGUACCUUUUUAGCAACAGAGUUGCUUCUUCUGGCCCCAGAAUGAUGGGAAAUCAAACACCCUGAAAGCUAAACAGGAAAAAAGUAAAAAACACAGACCUGUAAAUAACUUGAAAGAAGUAGGCAACGGUCGCCGCUGAGUGGCAUGGAACAUGUAGCUUUUCUCGGCCAGAUAAAGCCCUGGAUCAACAAUGAUUGGUUUCAAUCUUCUAGACUCUUUCCAGCCAAUGUAAUUACUGUGACUCACGAAAUUGAGACCCUUGGGCAAGUAGGAGAAUAUGUGGAGCAGAUCUGCAAGGGUAACAAGAGGGUAAUCAGCAGCUCCCAGGCGAACAAACCAAUCCCAAUUCUUGGACAACUUCAGCAACAGAGACGCGCCGUGUAAAGUAGCCGCAACCGGCGACGAACCUCGCCGGUAUGCAAAAUCCGGCUUCCCAAUCACAUCUACAUUCUGGGCAGCCCGGAAGACGGGGACCGAUUCAACGGCCAGGGCCAGCCGCUCCCGCUCGGCCGGCGCGGCGGAGGGGUCGAGGUGGAGCAAGUAGCGGUUUUUCGGGUGGUAGACGGCGUAGAGGAGGCGGAGGAUCCGGCCGGAGUCGCCUUUCGAUCCGGUGAUCAGGUAGGCGACGGAAGGCGGGGCGGGAUCGGAAGGGAUUUUGGAGAAGGUGGGUCGCCGAGCCGGGAAGAGGCGCGGGUCGGGUCGGACCCGGGCGGAGGAGGAGGAGGAGGAAUUGGGGGAAGAGGAGGAGGAUGAGAGGGUCAAGAUGAAGAGGAGGGAGAAGAAGGAGACGGUUAGGAUGACGGAGAUCUUGGUGGUUCUGCUGCCGUUGUCCUUGCCGGCGGCGGCGGUGGGAGUCGUUGGGCGCGGCGACGGCGGCGGCAGUUGGUGUUGAUGUUGCGUUAGCAUCUCGUUGCUGCCGGUCUGAGGAGUGGCGGAUGAGGAUGUUGCGAUGUCGUCUGUGUUUUCUGUCUGUGGGCUGACGGGAUUCUUCUCAAGGCUCUGUCGGUCGGAGUUCCCAAUUUCCUCGGAGAGUUGUGUUUGGUCUUGGGUCUGGUCUCUAGGCCUGAAUUAUUGGACUUUGUCGGGUCGGGGUCUUACCACAGUU